AUGGUUCGAUUUCAUCAAAACAGGAAGGACGAACCGUUCAAUUCUAUGACAAUACAUGUUGAUGAGACAAGUACUUCCGAAGAUGAAAAUUCUUGUGUACUUGAAAUACCAUCAAAUGAAGGCAACGUGGAGGAUCGCUAUUCCGUUGAUCUGCUUUACAACGUAUCUGAUAGACCACCUGUUGUUCUAACUGUCAUCAUGGGAUUUCAGCAAGCCCUGCUGUCUCUUUCCGUGUCCCUCGUAGUGUCCUCGUUUGUUGCGGACGUCGCUUGUGCUGGUGAUUAUAUGGAUAUCAGGACAAAUCUUCUGAGUUCUACUCUGCUGAUGAACGGAAUAACAACGGGCUUGAUGGUCACACUGGGCAUCAGACUGCCAUUGUUUCAAGGACCAUCUGGGGACUAUGUGAUUCCAUUGAUAGCACUGCAACUUGCUGAUAAAGAUUUCUGUAAACUUCCCGCUUUUCAAAUGGAUGCUAAUGUUAACAGAAGUUUCACUAUGAAUAUAACAAGCGACUUUCGGGACAAUAUCACAGACAGAGACGAGCAGAUCCUGAAGAGGCAAUUGGCAAUUACAAAAUUACAAGAGUUUCAGGGAUGCCUGAUACUGGCCGGUGUAAUCCACUGCCUAGUAGGUGUCACAGGUGCCGUGGGAUUUCUACUCAAAUUUAUAGGUCCAGUCACUGUAGUGCCCACUAUUUUGCUCGGAGGAAUCUAUGUGCCCCGUGCAAUAAGUAAAUUUACUAAAUGUCACUGGGGCAUAACAGGCAUCACCGCUUUUACUGCUGUUUUUAUGUCGUUGUAUAUUGGCCAUAGGAAAAUGCCUUUUCUAAUAUGGUCUAAAAAGAAAGGUCUGCAUCUUUGCUGGUAUCCUCUUCAUCAAGUGUUUGCGGUGCUGAUCGGAAUGGUAGUGGGAUGGACAGUAUCUGCCGUGAUGACAAGCACUGGUUUUCUGACAGACAACCCUAGAAGUCACGAGUUUUUCGCCAGAACUGACGCACGCGCUGGAAUCAUCAGUAAUGCCUCCUGGUUUUACGUCCCUUAUCCAAAUCAAUUUGGGUCGCCAAAAUUUGACGUUGGAGUGUUUGUGGCAUUCCUCAUUGGCACCAUGAUAUCCAUUCUAGACUCGAUCGGUGAUUAUUACGCAUGCGCAAGGAUAUGUAACGUACCACCCCCACCACGACACGGAGUAAAUCGCGGCAUUGCUGUGGAGGGUCUCUGUAGUAUUGUGUCGGGGGUUAUCGGGUGUGGACACGCGACCAGCACCUUCGGAGGCAACAUCGGGGCGAUCGGCAUCACCAAGGUGGCCAGCAGACACGUGUUCCUGGUUGUGUCUAUUAUAUACAUCCUAUUUGGAAUAAUGGGGAAGGUGUCUGCAGUUUUUAUCACGAUUCCAUACCCAGUCCUAGGUGGCGCUAUGAUUGUCAUGUUUGGUACCUUCAUUGGCGUUGUGCUGUCUAAUCUAUCGGCUGUUUCGUUGUCAUCGACUCGUAACCUUGCAAUCAUCGGCAUGGCUAUUCUGAUGGGUAUCCUCGUUUCACAUUGGGCAGAAAAGAAUCCAGGCGAAAUCAACACAGGGAGUGUCUACUACGACAACAUUGUGAAGACAUUAUUUAGCAUCCCUGGUCUUUGUGGUUGUGUACUGGCCUGUUUCCUUGACAAUACAGUUCCAGGUACGGCUAAGGAGAGAGGAAUCACAGCCUGGCAUAACCCAGACAACCAAGACCAGAAAAACGUGUACAGUAGUGGAAUGGAGGUGUACAAUCCUCCUGUACCCGACUCUUGGAAGAAAUGGAAACUAAUGAAGUAUCUUCCUAUAUGUCUCUACAAACCACCGCUAGAGUCCGAUGUUACGGACAGCUCAAUGUAA